GCAGAUCAGUCCACGGCUGCAAUACCGCAUCGGAGUCCUGAUGCUUUCUCCGAGGCGCUGAAAACAGAGGAGCGCUGAUUCCUCGGCCCUGCUUGCAUUUAGCUUUAAAUCUAUGCACGGCAUCAAAACGGGAGCGCAUCUGAGGAUUUAACAUGCUUUAAUUGUAACGGAACAAUUCACCGGGCAGUUUUCUCUCUGUGUGGAAUAAAUACUUUUCGAAGAUGGGAACGACUAAACACUCAAGGGAUGUGCUGUUUUGUAAAAAGCUCUUGAAAGUUAUACUUUUGGCGGCCGUGGCACAUAUCGUCUCAGGUAAGACUUUAAAAUAUAAAGUUUUGGAGGAGCAGAGAGUUGGUACGGUGAUCGCCAGACUGAAAGAGGAUGUAGCCAGCGUUUUAUCCAAACUCCCGAGCUCCGUGUCCCCGCGGUUCCGCGCCAUGCAGAGGGGCAGCACCCCAUUGCUCUCUGUGCGCGAGGAGGACGGCGAGAUCAGCAUCGGCACCAAAAUCGACCGGGAGAAGCUUUGCGAGAAAAACUUAAACUGCACUAUCGAGUUCGACGUGAUCACCCUUCCUACGGAAUACCUUCAACUGUUUCACAUUCAAGUGGAAGUUUUGGACAUCAACGAUAACGCUCCGCAGUUCUCUCGCGCCAUCAUACCCAUAGAGAUAUCCGAGAGCGCAUCGGUGGGAACGCGCUUUCCUUUGGAUAGCGCGUUGGACCCGGACGUCGGGGAAAACGCGCUGCACACGUACUCGCUCACGAGGAAUAACUUUUUCAAAAUAGAUAUCAGGACGCGGACUGAUGGCGCUAGGUACGCGGACCUAGUGGUGAUGAGGGAACUGGACAGAGAAACGCAGUCCAGCUACCAGCUGCAGCUCACUGCCUCGGACUCUGGCGUGCCGCCGAAAUCUGGCUCAACUCUGCUUAAAAUCAGCAUUUCUGAUUCCAACGAUAAUAGCCCGGUGUUUGAUGAGCAGGCUUAUGUGGUCAACCUAUUGGAAAAUUCCCCACAGGGAACGCUACUGGUGGAUCUUAAUGCCACAGACCCGGAUGAAGGCAACAAUGGCAAAAUAGUGUUCUUCAGCAGUCACGUGCCAGCAAAAAUCUUAGAGACCUUCAAGAUAAACCCAGACAAUGGCCACAUCACACUGAUUAAGAAAGUUGACUAUGAAACCACUCCUUCAUAUGAAAUAGAUGUCCAGGCUCAGGAUAUGGGGCCGAACUCAAUUCCAGGUCACUGUAAGAUAAUCAUCAAAGUGGUUGACGUCAACGACAACAAGCCAAAAAUCAACAUCAACCUCAUGACUCAGGGCAAAGAGGAGGUGGCCUACAUCUCAGAGGCAUCCCCUGUUGAUACUUUCAUCGCAUUAGUGCGCGUGGACGACAUUGACUCAGGUGUCAAUGGUGAGGUUGUGUGCCGUCUCCACGGCCACGGGCAUUUUCGCUUGCAGAAGACCUACGAAAACAACUACAUGAUUCUUACUAAUGUGUCUCUGGACCGUGAAAAACGCUCUGAAUAUAGCCUGACGGUGAUUGCUGAAGACCACGGCACACCAAGUCUAUCCACUACCAAACACUUCACAGUGCAGGUCCAGGAUGAAAACGACAACCCUCCACGCUUUGAAAAGAGCCGAUAUGAAAUAUUUAAGUCUGAAAACAAUUCGCCAGGAGCAUAUCUGACCUCAGUGAUGGCCACUGAUCCAGAUCUGGGCACUAAUGGCCAGGUGACCUACUCUAUUGUGGAGAGCCAGGUUCAAGACAGCUCCAUAUCGACAUAUGUGACUAUCGACCCAUCCACUGGGGCCGUGUAUGCACUCCGAAGCUUUGAUAGGGAAGACGUGGGCCGGCUCUCAUUUACCGUGCAGGCACGAGAUAGUGGGAGCCCAGCGUCUCUUAGCAGCAAUGCCACUGUUCUACUCACUGUACUGGAUGAAAAUGACAACCCACCCAUCAUUGUUUCACCAUCCCUAAGCAACCACACAGCUGAGGUGCCAUUAUGGAGGCACGCCGAACCAGGUCAUCUGGUAACGAUCGUCAAGGCGACAGAUCGUGAUGCAGGGGCCAACAGCGAGCUGACUUGCUCCAUCAUUGCUGGUAAUGAUGACGGACUUUUUGUCAUUGACCCACGAGGCGAGUUACGCACCAACGGAAGUGUUGAGGUCUCAGGUCGCGAGGGAUUUGAUCUUACAAUCCUGGUGCAAGACAGAGGGGCCUCAAAUAGACUCUCGGCCAGGGCCGUUCUCCAUAUUGCUCUACGCGACUUUCCGGAGAGCUACUCACUGAAUCCUUCAGACCUUAACAACCAAUCCUCUCUAGAUAUUUCCAUGAUCAUCAUCAUCUCCCUUGGUGCCAUCUGUGGUGUGCUUCUCAUCGUUAUGGUCUUGUUUGCCACCCGGUGCUCCAGAGAACAGAAAGACCCCCGACAUUCUUAUAACUGCAGAGUUGCUGAGUCUACCUACCAAAACCAUCCCAAAAAACCUGCCAGGCAGAUCCACAAAGGGGACAUCACAUUGGUCCCCACAGUUAACGGAACUCUUCCUGUGAGGGCCCAUCCUCGGUCCCCCUCAGCAUCCCCUGCUCCUGAGAGCCGCCAGAGUCAUCAUAGCCGCCAAUCACUCAACAGCUUGGUCACAAUAUCCUCCAAUCACGUGCCGGAGAACUUUGCACUGGAACUUGCCCAUGCCACACCACCGGUCGAGCAAGUCUCACAGCUUCUGUCCAUACUUCAUCAGGGCCAGUACCAACCCAGACCCAGUUUCCGUGGCAACAAAUACACCCGGAGCUACAGGUAUGCUCUAAAUGAGAUGGAUAAGUUCAGCCUGAAGGACAGUGGCAGAGGGGAUAGUGAGGCGGGAGACAGUGAUUGUGAGAUGGGAAGAGAGUCCCCUCUGCUCGGAGAAGGCUUUGGUGAACUCUUCACACCUGAUGGACAUCACCGACUUCAUCCAUCAAUGAAGCUAUGCACCGAAGAGUGUCGUGUUCUCGGCCACUCGGACCAAUGCUGGAUGCCUCAGUUGGCCUCUCCAGCAUCUUCAGAUUACCGUAGCAACCUCUACAUCCCCGGUGAAGACCCCCAGCAGAAAGCCACUCCUGAAGCACCGCAGUCCGGAGAGUCGACGCUUAGGAAGAAAAGUUUCUCCACCUUUGGCAAGGAGAAUGAGGAGGGAGAGGGAGAAGCAGGAGAUGGGGAAGAUCUGUGUGGAACGACUUCUCUGCUGUCUGAAAUGAACAGCGUGUUCCAGAGGCUCCUCCCAUCUUCUUUGGACUCUUACAAUGAGACCAGUGAAACUGAAAAGACAACAGGCUGUGCACCAGGAGCAGGCUCACUUGAACGAAGGAAAGGUCACCUGCCCGGGAAGCCAAGCACUGCCACCUAUCAGCAGGGCGUCGCAGUUUGGGCCGCUAAUACACACUUUCAAAAUCCUGGACAUGGUCACCCUCCUGCUAGUCACAUGACAGCGAUGGUGGCUCCACUUCCUGCCCCUCUGCCAGCUCCUAUUCCAACAUCAUCUUCCACCUCAAAAUGGCUGCCUGCAAUGGAGGAAAUACCAGAGAAUCACGAGGAGGAUGAGUUGGAGUCUGUGCUGGGACAUCUGCACGGAAAACGCUGCGACAGUCGGAGCGAAAUUAUGGACGCCAGCGAGCUGGUUGCAGAGAUAAAUAAACUCCUACAGGAUGUCCGGCAGAACUAAAGAAAAUUCUCUUUGUCUCUCUCUACAGUUAAAUUAAAAAGAUGUAUGUGAAAGGACAAAAGGUGACAUGAAACAAAAUAAAAAAUCACAGAGACCUGCAAUUGUCGUUAAAAUUGCAUUUCUGGAUGUAAUGUGUUUUGUGAAUGCUAAUUAUCCAAAUGAUGUUUGUAUUUUCUGGUUUUUGGCCACAGUGUACACAAUGUUAGUGUAUUUAUCUUUGUAUUUUAAAAAUACAAUUUGUAGUCUUUAUAUUUAUAUAUUUGUAUAUACAUAAGUUAAAGAUGUACAUAAUUUCAGAUUUCUAUUUUUAUACAUGCAUGUUGGAAAAAUAAUCAUGAACAACAUGCUUUGGUGUAAAUAUUCUUAUUUAUGAAAAAGUUUUUCUUUUCUUUUUUUCAAUGGUAUUGUUAUAUAUGAGCAUAAUAUAAGUACAUUCAUAUUAUUAUUGAAAAUGUGUUAUUUGGUGGGGCGGGACAGAAUACAAAAAGCAUGUUUUGAGGGGGGGAGUGGUAUUUAUAAUGGUGUAUCCUAUGUGUCAAGUUCGGUUUUACAUUAAACAAACUGCGAAAUAAAGA